GAAAAAAAAAAUACUAAAGUGACGGUUUUCUCACUCUGGGAAUAACAUGAGUGCUGUUGGUGGCGGCACCCAUUUCAUUGUGGAUGCAAAUUGGCUGGAUGGUUGUGCGCGUUGUACUGGAAAACACAAGUGCCAGAGAGUGCAAAUGAAGAAUAAUGGUUCCGCAAUAUUGAAGCUGUAAAUAGCGAUGAGGUUGAGAUGUUUGGAAUAGUUUACUGAACUGCAAAGGGCUUAUCGGAAUCGCUCCAAGUGCAAGGCCAUGGAUCGUCCUGGUUCACCAACAGUCAUUUAGCUGUGUGUAUGUGUGUGUAAGCGUGAGCAUUUGUGUGUUGUUCCUGAAUACAACACACUCGAGCUGUGGCUUUGUCGCUGUAAGUGGAUCUACACACGAGGAAAAAAAAAUCUGCUACCAUUUCCUGUCCUCGCAGUCGAUACCCUGAGAGACUGUGCGAGGAAGAAAAAUCAACCGGCUUGAAUCAAUCAUACUUCAGCGUCGCUGGUUCCACCGGAAAUCAGUAGCCAGGACCUCCGUUCGUCUCUGGUGGAAAUAUAUUGUUGUGUAUGUGAGAGUGUUUGUGUAUUUAUAGCUGCCAAUCUGGUAGUCAUCUAUCCAUUCUAUUGUUGGCACUCCUGGGAGAAACACCGAUUGUCAACAAGUGGCCGGAAAAAUAAACAGAAGAAACAAGAUUUGCCACGUUAUUUCUACAUGUGUUGGUGUGUAACAGUGUGACCGGUGAAAGCCGGAAGUGAUUAGUUUGAGGAGAAAAAAAUAGUGUAAUUCAGUCAAGCACGAUGAGUGAUACAGUUGAGCUGGAACGGUUGGUCAACUGUACCCAGGCCACGAUCCUGCGAUAUCCGUGGUCCACGGAGUACAAUUCUUCCGUAAUUGGCGAGUUCAACCGGACCGAGAUACUGGACGUGCUGGGCGAAAUGAUCACGCUUGGCCGGAGUCAUGUUCCACGUGAGGACGAACCGGUUACGUUGAGGGAAUUCAUCACCGAGUGUUUGUUCCCGACGACCAAGAGCCCGUACGAACUUCCCUGGCAGCAAAAGAUGGCCUGGGGCGUGGUGUUCGGAGCGAUGCUGCUCGUGGCCAUCACCGGCAACUGCAUCGUCCUGUGGAUUGUGCUCGCUCACCGCCGGAUGCGCACCGUCACGAACUACUUCCUGCUGAAUCUGAGCGUGGCCGACCUGCUGAUGUCGUCGCUCAACUGUUCGUUCAACUUUAUCUUCAUGCUCAACUCGGACUGGCCGUUCGGGGCCGUCUACUGCACCAUCAACAACUUUAUGGCCAACAUGUCGGUGGCGUCGUCCGUCUUCACGCUGGUCGCCAUCUCGCUCGAUCGCUAUAUUGCCAUCGUGCACCCACUGCGGCAUCGGACGUCCCGGAAGAAGGCGCGCCUUUUCCUGCUCAUCAUCUGGGCCCUCAGCUGCGUCCUGGCCGCGCCCUGCCUCAUGUACUCGACUGUGAUGACGAAACGGUACCACAACGGAAGAACGAGAACCGUUUGUUACAUGCUGUGGCCGGACGGACGCUACCCAACCUCGAUGGCCGAUUACAUCUACAACCUGGUAUUCUUGAUCCUUACCUACGGCAUCCCGAUGCUGAUCAUGAUCGUGUGCUACUCACUAAUGGGUCGUGAGCUGUGGGGAAGCCGCUCAAUUGGUGAGCACACUGAACGUCAGCUCGAAUCGAUGAAGUCUAAAAAGAAGGUUGUGCGCAUGUUCAUCAUCGUGGUGACCAUCUUCGCCAUCUGCUGGCUGCCCUAUCACCUGUUCUUCGUGUACGCGUACCACAACAACCAGAUGACGUCGUCCAGCUACGUGCAGCAGCUGUACCUGGGCUUCUACUGGCUGGCCAUGUCGAACGCGAUGGUCAACCCAAUCAUCUACUACUGGAUGAACAGCAGGUUCCGGGUGUACUUCCAGGAAAUUAUCUGCUUCUGCUGUCUGCAGUUCCUCAACUCCCGCAUGAAGGACGGGAUGCCCCCAGGAGUGCUCCUGAACAGAAACUCCAACUCCGAGCUUGGCCGGUAUCGGUCCUACCGUCAACGUUCGCUGUCGGUCCGGUGGCGGCCACAGUUCCACAGCACUGAGGAGUACCGGAUGCGGUUGGCCGCACCCCAGCGGAACCACCACCUGUCCAACAGCCACGGGCCGUGCCACCGCACUGUCAGCGUGGUCAACGUGCUGGAAAACAACGGCAAAGCGGCCGGGCUGGACCACUUGAGUGCGGUGGCCGUUGCGGUUGGUGGCGGUGGAAUCGAUCCUAAAUCGACGGCGGCCACCGAUAUUGGCAGCGAACUGCAGGCGCUGAACUUCCUGCCGAGGAGUCACAAUCACAACAAUCAGUUCUACCACUCGCACGCCACGUCACAUCACUCGUCACACUCGCAGGACUCGCACGUGAGCAGUGGCGGGGGUGGGGUAGGGGUUGGAGGGAAAUUUGGCAGCAGCGGCCACGUGGCCAAGGACGGCUCGUCAAGCAGCCACAGCCAGGAGUACUCUUGACACCCGCAGUACGACUAAGUAAAGCUUGAGUCCUCGGCGGUUUGAGGGUGCUUGCAGGAGGAAGGCUCGAGAAAGAGCUUGACAAAGAGGGUGCUUUUAGUCCGUAAGUUGUAGAAGGUAGAGAUUUAGGAUUAACUAGAAAGUAUUUGGUGCAGGAUAAGGUUGUACAAACGCAAACUGUGAAUAUUUAUCCAUCCUUAGUUAAUGGUAAAGUAAGUUUUUGAUGCUGUCUUUAAGGUUUGUGAAAUGAAAGCUGUAAUGAAAAGACACCGUGAUAUAAUGUUUUUUUUUUGUUUUAGCAAAAUUACAAUUAACAACAAAUAUAUUGGUAAUUCUCUACCAUCAUCUCACACAAAAUCGGAAAAAGUUGCCCCGACCCCUCUUCGAUUUGCCUGGGUACGACCCCUUUAAUUUUUGAACAUUCAAAAAAAUACAUUUUUUCCAAUAAUUUGCAGCCAAAAAAGGUCAAAGGGACUUUUAUGUUAGAUUGGACCCCGACUUUAUGGCGUCUGUAACAAUUUUUGGAACCUGUCAUUUUUAAUGGGAACUAUACGUUUAGAUCUCGUGGCGUCUCGUGGCGCAGGGGUAGCGGCUUCGGCUGCCGAUCCCGAUGAUGCUAUGAGACGCAGGUUCGCUUCCCGCCUUAUCCACUGAGCUUCUAUCGGAUGGUGAAGUAAAACGUCGGUCCCGGUUUCUCCUGUCUCGUCAGAGGCGCUGGAGCAGAAAUCCCACGUUAGAGGAAGGCCAUGCCCCGGGGGGCGUAGUGCCAAUAGUUUCGUUUUUUUACGUUUAGAUCACUUUUUUAUUUAGAACAUAUUUUUUAGUUUUCAAAUUUCGUGUUUUUUUUAGAGUGUAACAAUGUUCUACGAAGUUGUAGAGCAUACAAUUACAAAAAAUGUUGUAUAAAGAUAAGAGGUUUGCUUGUAAUCAUCACGAGUUAUCGCGAUUUUACGAAAAAAAGUUGGUUGUGUCGAUCAUGGUCGUUCAUCAUCCCGAGCAUGGGUAAAUAACAAGGGAAAUGCGCAAUAAUACCUUUCUCUGGUAUCAAUACCAAAUUUUGGUAUUCCUGG